AUUCUACUCCGCCGAUAAUUAUCCCGGUUGAGCCGACUGUUAGCUGUGUGCUUUUGCUGGAAACGGUCUAAGAAUGGGCGCGGCGAUGUUCCACGGCCGGAAACUGUCGACCAUUACGAUCGUCUCGACCGCCUCUCUCCGUUCACCGUGCCGCUAACUCGGCUCCUCGUGUUUUUUACAUUAAUUCCGAUCGGCUCGAUGCUCGAGCACCGACCAACGGGACAAGACUGCCGAUCGACCGAACCGACCAAAACGAAGUCAAGGGUAAUUACAUAAUCGGAGCAGCCGGGAUUUCUUCCGACGCAAUCGUCCUCUCCUUCCUUUUUCCCCUCAUUUUCGUCGCUGGAGACGCUUAGUUACGCUUCGCAACGGUAGUCGCCGUUUUACGAGCGUUCUAUCGAGAAAUCUCGGCAUCGCAUAGGCAUUAUCCGCUGCCUUCAUUUCUCAACGUCGCGCCGGCUUAAUACCGAUUCGAUACGUAGGUGCUUCGGUGACAUUUCCCGCUUGCUCGCCUCGCCACGAGCCGUAGGAACUUUCGAGAAUUUACCAAACACGUUGAAAGCGGUGGAAAUAAAAAAGGGAGAACGAAGGCAGGAAGGAAGGGGAGUGGAGUCGUGGAGUGAUCCACGCAGAAGGCGCGGGCGCCUCCUUGGAGACAGGCGAGAGAAGGUGGCGGCGAAGAAGGUCAAAGCGAUUUUUCCCUCUAACGGACGAGCUAGAGGAGUCGGCGCGGUGCGGCGGCGAGAGAGCCGCGGUCGCAUUUGUUUCACGGCAGCCAGCAGGAGCAACCAACGGCCAACAGGUGUAUAGCAGGUGCACACCCCGAGCGGCAUCGAGAGUGCCGUGGAGAGCUAAAAAGUUUCACGUCCACCUGAAGGUCCCACACGAGAAACCGGGCGACUUUCAACCGUCGUUUUCUUCAGCGCCACCACCCCUCGACUCCCACCCCACGAAGCUACACUCGCCGUGUACGGUGCCGAACGACCGAAGAAACCAUCCGACGAACCCACUCGUUCUUCGUCUUGCCGCGACAGCACAAUGCCAUACGGCGGCAAAGAAACAAUCGAUAGGCCCGAUACUCGAGUUCGAUCCUCCAAUUCGUUGCCUUCUGCGUUAGCAACGCAACUUUCCACCCACCCCGCAACUCCAUCUCGUUAUCUAGCUGGUUAACUCGCUGUUGUGGCGCUAUCCACGAAAUAGACGAAGAAACGGAGGGCGCACUCGGUUUGCAGCGUGCUAGUGGACACGUCGGUAGAAUUACCCGAUCUUAUUAAAACCAUUUCUCAUUAAGAGCAGAAGCAUACCGCGUACGGUCAAGACAACUUUAAAGUAUCGGUAUAACGAUCGAGUAUCUGCCUUUGUACUACUUUUACCGUAUCAAAAGAGGCGGCCUGCUUUUACGCCGAAUAUUCGUCGAUAUUCAGAAUUUCGCAAAAGCUUGUUUUUCUCGGAAAUCCAUAACACCGGAAAAUCGGAGUCAGGUCGUCCUAUGCGCUGUACGUCUUUGACGGCGCUACUAGGACAACCUAAUCGGACGUAAGAUCUCUACGUCCAGAACUAGAGCAACCUAGAGACCCGUGUUUUACACGCUAAAAUAGUAAAGAUCGUAGCACGUAUUUCUAGAAAUGGGCAAUUCAACGCGCAUUCCUUGGAAAUACGCGAAUUCCUCUAGUUAGAAGCGUAGAUCGGUCGCCACGGAUGAACCAUCCUUUUAAAAUUGCCCCUGUAAAGGCAAAGAGAGAAAAUCCAAAGACGGUAACGACGAAAGAAGACACGAACGAAUACCGGAAGAGGCGAGAAGAAGGAGGAGAAGAGGAAGGUAGAAGAUACGUUGGAAGAGUGCGAGGAUGCCAGUCGGAGAGAAACACCUGCGUCCCAUUAUCGAUCAUCUAUCGAACGGGGCCUCCAGUCGGCGCUACCCUCGAAAUCACUAUGCGUCGCUAUGUUUCCGACUGUUGAAAUUCCACCCUGUGUCGUGGUGGCUCACCGUCAGGUGCUUCUUCCUGGACGGACAAGUGCAGGCGGCGCGAGUGCUUUCUCGAAUUAAUGACACGUUGUCCCACGCGAGCGUGGAUGGCCUUUCUUCUCGGACUUCUCUUCCCGGAUUUCCGUUUCCAUUCCGUUUCGUUCUAUUCGCCGUUGCCGACCACCGUUCGAGCGAGCGAUCAUCAUGGAAACUUGUUGCGAACUCGGGUUUUUCGACGCGCGUCAACGCGAUGACGCACAAACGUCCUACCGACGCGUUCAAAUUUCCCAUCGACAAACUUUUGCGAAACCUUCGAGAAGCUUCUCGCCCGCUAAUGCGUCUUCGUAUAUCUGCGUACGUAAUAAGUGAGAGCGAUCAACGAGUAAUUAACGAGUUAAGAAGCAGCGAGUAACAGCCGUCUCAUAAUCGUUAAACGAAGGACAAUUUUUAAAGAGUCCGAAGGAAACGACGUUGGCCGAAAAGCGAGAUAGGAAGAAAGCUUGGCGCACGCAAUUUGCUGCCUCGUGAAUUUAUGGAAACAGGAGGCACGAGGUGGUCCGGCACCACCGACGCGUCCAUUUAUGGAUAGAGCAAUUAAUCGAACGGAGGCGGACCGCGAUAAAAGACGCGACGAUAAAGCAGUCGCGCUCGCGCCAGUAAACACACGCGUAUGUUGGCGCACUUUUACUUACUUAUCAAAGUUCAAUUGAGUUAACGAUUGCACCUGUACGUUCCUUUCUCCUCGCUAGAGCGCGGCUGGGAUGGAUGGCAGCUGGGGCUGGCAUGCACGGGCGCGCGUGUCGCGCACACGGUAUACCGAUACGCGUUCGUGUACGUACAGGUGGGACGGAAUCAUCAUCCUUCUCUUCGAACGGCUCGCACCAUCUUCCCGUCCUUAUCAUAAAUUUUCUCUCGUUUCCUGGCCAAGCUCGAAUUCGAGCUAUCGACCGCUGCCCAACGAUCGCUGCUCCACGACCACCGCUCCCCAUCGAUCUCCGUCCACGUACCGUUCCUCGUCGUCGUCGUCGUCGUCGUCGUCGUUAGAAUCGAAUCGCUUCGUUCGACCAUGCCUCGAACGUCUCUCGAUACGAACGCCCGAGAAGGGAUCCGUCUUUUUUGCUCGUUCUUUAAUAAUCGAGUCGGACGAUACAUCGUCGAUGGACGCGUGAAACGACGGCAAUGGUGCCGGGUGGUAUAAUAACAAGGGCGAGCACGAAGAAGGAGGAAGUAUCGCGUAGUAAAGCGUGGAAGAUCGCAGGCAAGUGCGAAGUAAUACUCGCCGCCUACGGCGAAAUCGAGUUUCCAUCCGUUGGAAAUUCCGUUGGAUGGCGAACGGGUGAAGCGACAACGACCUAGAAAUUGCCGCGGUGUAGAUCGACGCGGUAGGGAUCGACGAACGUCGGCUAAAUCGGUCGUGGUGUUCGUUAAACGAGGAGACGAGCGUAGGUACGUACCACUUACGAAUCUUUGAGAUUUCCGUCUCGUUCUAGGGAAAUUACGCGGUCGUGGCAGCCUCUCCAAGAAGAACGAUAGAAACUCUCGAGAAAUACGUUGCUUCGAAGGAAGGCAGAUCUUUCCCCUGCGAGACGGGACGCGCCCCCCGGUGAUGCGAGUUCGGCUUUGGCUUUGGCUUCGGCUUCGGCGAAUCGUUUAAUCGGAGGCUUGGCCGACGCGCUCGUCCCCGUUAAAAGGAGCAUUCACGGAUAAUAAUUAGGGUGCAACGGCCGUCGCGUUCGUGCAGCGUCGCCGAAUCAAAAGGGAACAGUGAUUGGUGGCUGGCUCGAUGAGCAGCAACGGGGUCCUUUAAACUGUCCCGUGUCACACGCUGCUGCUCCAGCUCAACGCUUUUUUACCAUCUGCCCCUUGUCGGGCAUAUGUUGCGGGAUAACAUCGAAAAUGAUCCGAAACAGGUAGAGGAUAGCAGAGGCUCUAUCUACACGGGUUUCGACACUCGCUACCCGUCUGUCGGCGAUCACCUGUUGAUUUCCUUUAAAUCAAAAUAAUAUCACGUUCUACGAGUUUCCACGCUCGGUGAGCAGUCGGCGCACAGUGGCUUUUCCUCCGAAGGGAAGGGUGAAUACGACUAUGAAAAAACUCGAUGCCUCUUCCGGUUUGCCAGAGCGCGCGCGUUCGCUCACGAGUCACCGUCACCGAUGUCGCAACUCCGGAAUAUCUUUCCACGCAGCGCGAAUAUUUUCCGUCCAUUUGCCAACGUUGUAACCCGCGACGCGAAGGUACAAGUUGCCACUUCCGUUUGGAAAUUCUUCUUGGCCACACGACGGAACUGCGCCGUGAUCGCAACUCUUCCGUUUCCGGUGUAUGGACGAAUUCCACGAUUACGAUCUCGACGAACAAGAGCGUCGAUUAAGCGACUGAAUGGCGGCGUAAACCCCCCGUGAGAGUGGGUCGGUGCCUGGUCGAUGAAAAGAGGGGCUGCAUGAAAGCUCGACGCUUGAUUUAUGAACGAAAAUCUCGAGUAAACGCCCGUUUCCGCGCUCCGCCGGGCGUGAAAUGACUUUGGGCGAGUUCUGCCGCGAGCGGUCUGUCCUCGUCGCGACAGCGAACCGGCCGGGCGUGCAGUUCCGGCACCGGGACACCGGAAGCGCCGGCUCAUACAUCGGGUAUUCGCGUCUACAUCGCUUUGACGCGUCGUCGCGUAACCUCGUUCCGAUUCCAACUAUCCAAAUAGCCGCGGAUUCGUCCCGUUCGAUUCGUCGUUAAGUCGGGCGACCCGUUUCGUAACCUCGAUCACCUUAAUCCGAUCGCCUUAAUUUUCUUUCUGACCAAUUUCUGGCGAAUAUCGACUGCGACAAGGUGGAUUUCGCUGGUAUAACUUCGGUUUAGUAAAUCGACUAGCCGGAAACUCAUUUCUCUGGCAAUCAGUGGCAUCGAGGAUUUCAGUGGGCGCGGCCAGUGACUCCGAAAACAUCGGUUUUAUUCGGAAUUAAAGGUUGCCUGCGAGGCAGCAACUGCGAGCCGAAAAUUACGACGAAACUCGAACCAGAGAUCCUUCGAGCGAAAUUCCCCAAGGAUUUGCCGUCGUACCGCCUCUUUGUUUCGUCGUUGGUCAACUGCGCCUAUCUGUCGUGGUAGAUGGUGACUUUUUUCAACUUCUCCGGUUUUCCAAUUCAACUUUCACGAGGUUUUACUGGAAGCUCGUGGAACUUUGCUAUUUAUAUUCGCGAUCGUAUUGCUCGACGUUGUAACGCGGUAACGAUAACUGCGAACCAUUUACCGGGGUCGAAGGUUGUCUUAUAAAUCGAGCUUUUAUUGCAGUUCGUGUCAGCACAGACGAAAUGACUUUUAUUCCAGCGAUAGAUUCUCCCCUUUUCUCGUUGCCUUAUAUUGCCACGUUUUUAUCGCGAAAACCAGUCAGAAGCAGAUCGAACGGAGAUUGCAGCGGAAAGCAUCGUCGUUCGAUUUCUUCCUUCGGAAACUCUCUCUUUGAGAAAUUCAAAUUCGAAGAAUAUUCCAGUACUCGAAGAGUUUAAACGCAAACAUUCAAAUACUCAAAUUCACAGACACGUACGUAUACAAUUUCCGACGAUAUUCAAAUUUCUGUCGACCAACGAUCUCAACGUUGUCGAGAGCAUUAAAUUUCGCGUAACAGCGAGAAACAAUUUAAAAUUCCAUUUUGAUGGAACAGUCGCGAACGAAGGAAGAAGAGGAAGGAAUAAAUGCCCUCUUAUUUUCCUUCUGGCGAUUUUUCUUAACAAACCGUGCUCGUUAUUGAAGGAUAGGUCGGUGCGCCUCUCUCGACAAAGACGUCGCUUUUAUCCGCACUGCGGAUAUAUUUAUACGUACUCCGCUUUGUCCACCCUUCGCUGAUUCCAGAUUCCAGAUCGUUUUUUCAUACGUUUAUCGCCGAGAGGCAUUGGUUUCCGAUCGAGAGCCAUAGUCCACAAUAAACUCGUCGAUGACCUUAGCCAGAUCGUCUGGCUGCGUGGGCGUACUGUCUUUUUGAUCGCCGAAUACACAUAAAUCGACCGAUAUGAUAACCCAAUUAAUAACAAUAACGUAUUUCCUGUAGCGAUUUUCUGUCGGUAGAGCUCUUGUAAACGUAAAAUCGCGUGCAACUUCUUUUCUGCGGUGUAUGCGAACCGUUUUAUUUGUAAACGCGAUGAAAACGUUUCUUCGUCAUCGUUGUCGUAUCGUGCCUAAUUAAAAAUGACGGAAGAGAAAAAUCUUCUCGGUGACAGUUUUAUCGUCGAUUAUAAUACGCGUAUUAGUAAUACGAUGUUAGUUGGAUAUCCCUCUCCCCGGCAUGAUGUAAGUGCUUCGCGAUAAAGUUUUCAUGCCGGAUCGUUGGUCGGUCUCGAGCUGCUGUUUAUAAGAGGAAUUUAUCAGAAGGUUUCGUUUAUCGGGACAGACAGUCGGGUCAGACAGUCGGUGGAGACACGAGCGAGCGAAACACGCACACGCGGCACUGCGUGCAGCUGUACGCGAAAUUGAUGUCGUGCCGCCCGCCCAUUUGCAAUUUCUACGUAAGAAGGCGCGCUAGUUAUUACCGGACUGAUCGAUCAAAAAUUCUGCCUUUGGAAAAAACGGUGUAACGAUAAACUAAACUGUCGACCGAUACUACCGCCGCUACGAAUCCACCAUCGCUGCCGGGUAAAUAAAGCAACGUGUAUGCCUCGAUUAUCGAGCCACGGAAUUUCCUUCUGAUUAGCGCGUCUUACGAGAUAUGUCGCAGUUUAGCCACUUUGACGGUGGAUCGUGUAUUUUACCAGUGUUUUCUUUCGGAAUUUCUGUAAUGCGCGUUGUGCUCGGCAUACUUUGCCUACGAUACAACGAUACAACGAUUUUACGUAAAAACAUUUCGAGUAUUACCGCCACACUGAAUUAAACGUUGGAAAACAACGUUCACGUUUAAUGCACACAUUAUACGUGAAAGUUUGCAAAUUACGCGAUGGAUUAUGCAAGAUAAACGGUUAAAGGAUUAACCAUCGGAAAUGCGACGUUUCCUUUAUCUCUUUAAACGCGUUGUAACACAUGGCACUGUGAGAUUUAAUACUGUUCGUUCCGAGCAGAAGGAGCAACAGGUGGUUAAAAUCGAUGUUGCGUUUAGUCGCGUUACGACUGUUAAUGAUACGCGUGUUAAUGAUCGGUGAAAUGGACGUGCAUGCACGGCUGUCGAAGCAGUCGAAACGAAGCAGAAGCUUUUAUCGGGACGAAGAGAGUGAAUUUUCUUACUGCCCUCUCAAAGUUCAAAGGUUCGACCGAUAAUACGUUCACUCGCCCGACAUCGCUUAACUGAUAAGAAAUCUGCCUUGCUUAUUUACAUUUGAUAUUUGAUAUAACCACGUGUCCGAUAUUUUCGUGCGUUAUCACGCUUCCUUUUAUGCUCAAGUUCCUCUUCGGAUUUUAUUGACAAUUUCAUCGCAAAAUAGUAUCUUUUAUCGAAAAUGUUCAGCUUUACGAAGAACGUAAACCUGAACAUUCAAACAGAUCGAAAGAACAAACAAAUUGCUUUUAUUUGUCAGUGCAACCUCUGUCUUUUCACAUGUUCGACAGAAACCUGACCAAUGUAUGUUUAAAAUAAAUACACGAAAAACAUUUUUUUAUAUACAUUUAUGUAUCUAUUUACGUAGAUAUGUACAUUGUAUUUUUGUAUCGCAACUUUAUCCGAGCUAUCCGACCGACGGUGUCACAGAUUCCUAGCCUAUCAACUAGAUUUUUUACGUUUGUGCUGCCAUCUCGUGGUAACGCUUGGAAAUAUUUUAAGCGCAGACGUACGUAUUCGAUUUCUGGCGUAUCAAUUGUUCGAUGCAUAUUUCGUUGCAUACAUAAAUCGAUAAAUGAAUGAAAAUACCUGCUAGAUCGCAGCGGCUCUAUGAGUAACGAUCAAUUUGUAAAGCACAAUUAACGACAUUAAGAGACUUGCGUGUUAUAAACGCUACAGAGAUGAAUAGGGAGAUCGCCUGUACAAUGUUAAAAAAGUCAGCCAAUAAAUGCGCACUAAGAAUAAAGACCUCUGGUGGCCAACGACCGAAAUAUACGCACGCUUCUUCUUCAACGUUCUUGGCAGGAGAAACGAGCGUAUGUACGGCGUGAGGGGAAGUGUUCAUUCGUACCGGCACAACGACCAGCGAAGGAUAAAGAAGAAUAAACAUAAUAAUUGCUUAGAAAAUUAAUUAGUAAUUAGAAAUAAAUUGCUUUUUUUGUAUUGAGUAUAGAAGUGCCAUUUCGGUGAGGGAAGUGGGACAGGAACGACAAUCGGCAUAUCAUAAGUAGUCAGAUCAUUAAAAAAUGAUCGCGAAAUUGUGUCACUUCGUACGUUAUCAUGUUCUCUCUUGAUACGAAAUCCCAAAACUGGUCAGAAAAGAUUUUGCUCCCCGAUUUUCUCAUAAAACGACGACGUUGUUAGUAGAAAUUUCACAAGGAUUCGAAUACCUUUUACGCGAGGAUUGUGGACGUCGGAAGGAUUUUAAAUUAUUAAACGCUUUGUUCAUUUGCAAAAUAAGAUCGUUUUAUUUAAUUCCAUUUGCAGGUUUACAAUAAUCUUCUAUAAAUUUGACUUCUUUGUUCGACCGAUGGAUCUGGAACAACUCUUUUCUCACAAAAGUGACGAAAAUAACGUGAUUAUCGUAAUCAUAGUAACGGGCAUAGCGUUCUAUCGCUUUCUUUCGAAUCUCACUAUAGACUAAGCGCUUACUUUCGGGUAACUCCGUACGGCUCGGUACGAACGCACGUUUCUCCAUUCGCCGUGUAUGCUCCCACCAAAAGCAUCGGGCGAAGAAAUGUGUGUAUAGUUCGACCGUUUGACCGUUAGAGGCGGUAAUUCGUGGAGCGUACCUUUGGCCAAAUUUCUCUCAUGCUCAUUGACAACCAUCCUACUCAUCUUUGGACACUAUCUGGCAUUAUCUGAAUGGACUUAGUUAAUUUUUGUAGCAGACGAAAAACAUAACCUUUUAUUUCAAGAUACUCGAUUGUUAUUAAAAGUUCGAAUGAAUUAGAAUAAAGGUUAUUUAUUGCCGUAUGCAUAAUGGCGAAUGACCGGGAGGUACUGAGAGAAAUUUGGGAUGGUAAAAUUCCUGUUUGUUUUACGCUUGAUUCCGAAGAAAUAUGUGAAUUACAAGGGCCCGACCCAUUUUAUCUUAUGGUGCCUAGGUUAAGUUAUUUCCCACUCUGCACAGAUAAGAUACGAAAACAUUUUAUAAGACAUAUACAAAGUGACAGUAAGCAGGAGCACGAGAUGUGGUUAGAAUUUAAUGGUAUCCCCCUAAAGUGGCACUAUCCGAUUGGUGUUCUUUUGGAUAUCUAUUCCAACGACGUUGAAUUACCUUGGAAUAUCGUCGUUCAUUUUGACAGGUUCCCAGAAAAUGUGCUGAUGCACUGUCAAAAUAAAGAAGUAGUGGAAGCGUAUUUUCUCUCCUGUGUAAAGGAAGCAGAUGUAUUAAAGCACAGAAGCCAGGUUGUAUCCAGUAUGCAAAAGAAAGAUCACAAUCAAUUAUGGUCUGGUUUACUCAACGAUAAGUUCGACCAAUUCUGGUCUGUAAAUCGAAAACUUAUGGAGGCCAGUAACACGGAGGAAGGUUUUAAGUAUAUACCAUUUCGAUGUUAUACGAGCGAGGACAAAUACGUACAAAAACUUGUAAAACCUGUAAACGAGGAAGGCCAAAGGAAGACGUUAAGGCAUUUGCUGAACGAAGUAUUCCCAGACAAUGAAAAUGUUACAGUGUUCACUCAUGGUAUUAGCCCACCUUUGGAAACACCCCUCCAAUGGAUGUCAGAACACAUGAGCUAUCCUGACAAUUUUUUACAUUUAAUCGUGACAUCAUAACCCACAAUGAAACAGCCAAUUGACUAAUUAUCGAUGAAAUCGUGAGUUAAGUGCUCUUUUCUCUCACCAGUAUUACUGGUAUUUUAAUCAAGAUCGCUUUACCACGGGUCUUUUUAAUGUUAUGUGCUUUGUCGUAUAUUUAUUUUAUACGAAAUCAUAAAUGACCCUCUAAUUUUUCCUGAAUGAUAUCGGUUAAACGCAAAGCUGUUACUGUUGCUUAUAUUCUUGUAACGCACGAACAUACUCAAACUCUGUCGUAAUGGUAACGUUGGACUUGUGCUAAAAUCGAAUCGAUAUUGGACCACGUUUAUUACAGAUCGAUCGGAUUGUAAUUCAAUUCGCAAUAUUGUACCCGGAAGGAAAUAUAUUGUAUAAAUAUAAUUAUAUAAAUAUUUAAAGAAUCAUUUAUGUAUAUAAACGUAUUAAUUACGAUUGUAUUGGA